GGUGUCGUGAGACGGCCUUCAUUUACGCGAUAACAAGUGCGGCAGUCACACACGCGAUAGCUCGUGCUUGCAGUGAAGGUUCAAUAGACACCUGUAACUGCGAGUACAGCCACCACAAGAGUCGACCUAGAAUGUAUUCUAGUAGUCGAGGAUCCGUUCCAGGAGUACGCGAAUGGGAAUGGGGAGGUUGUUCGGAUAACAUUGGAUUUGGCGUGGAGUUUGCCAGAGAAUUCGUCGAUACAGGCGAACGUGGUCGAAGGUGUCGUGAGACGGCCUUCAUUUACGCGAUAACAAGUGCGGCAGUCACACACGCGAUAGCUCGUGCUUGCAGUGAAGGUUCAAUAGACACCUGUAACUGCGAGUACAGCCACCACAAGAGUCGACCUAGAAUGUAUUCUAGUAGUCGAGGAUCCGUUCCAGGAGUACGCGAAUGGGAAUGGGGAGGUUGUUCGGAUAACAUUGGAUUUGGCGUGGAGUUUGCCAGAGAAUUCGUCGAUACAGGCGAACGUGGUCGAAGUCUGCGAGAAAAAAUGAAUCUUCACAACAACGAAGCAGGAAGAAUG